AUGGAGAGGGGCAAUCACACUGUGACUGAGUUCAUCCUGGUGGGCUUCACAACAGACCCUGUGAUGCAGUUGAUCCUGUUUGUGGUGUUCCUUGGUGUGUACUCUGUGACCGUGAUGGGAAAUACCACACUCAUAGUGUUGAUCUGUAAUGACUCCAGGCUCCACACACCCAUGUACUUCUUCAUUGGGAACCUCUCAUUCCUGGAUCUCUGGUAUUCGUCUGUCUACACCCCGAAGAUCCUAGUGACCUGCAUCUCUGAGGACAAGAGCAUCUCCUUUGCCGGCUGUGUAGCUCAGUUCUUCUUCUCUGCUGGGCUGGCAUACAGUGAGUGUUAUUUGUUAGCUGCUAUGGCUUAUGACCGUUACAUGGCCAUCUCCAAACCACUGCUUUAUUCUCAAGCAAUGUCCGUAAGGCUAUGUGCGUUUCUGGUAGUAGCCUCUUACCUUGGUGGAUUUAUUAACUCUUCUGUCAUCACCAAAAGAACUUUUGCCUUGAACUUCUGUGGUGACAAUGUCAUUGAUGAUUUUUUCUGUGACUUACUGCCCCUAGUGAAGCUGGCUUGUGGCAAAAAAGAUGGCUACCAGACUCUACUGUAUUUCUUCCUGGCCUCCAAUGUCGUCACCCCCACAGUGUUCAUACUCGCCUCCUACCUCUUCAUCAUUGCCACCAUCUUGAGAAUCCGCUCCACCCAGGGCCGCCUCAAAGCCUUCUCUACCUGCUCCUCCCACUUGCUCUCUGUCACUUUAUAUUAUGGCUCCAUUCUCUACAUCUACUGUCGUCCCCGGUCCAGCUAUUCCAUGGAUAGGGACAAAAUAGUUUCCACCUUUUACACUGUGGUCUUCCCCAUGUUGAAUCCCAUGAUCUACAGUCUGAGGAAUAAGGAUGUGAAAGAGGCUCUGAAUAAACUCUUUAAAUAA